AUGCUAUCCUGCUCUGACGAUGGCAGCCACAUGACGGAUGAAAGCUCGGCGAGGACGCAUCGGGAUCGCAGGCCCGUGCGCCGAGGACCUAUUCGCAAAAAUCUACAAUCACAGCUCCAAGGCAAUCCCCCUACAGUUUCCGCCGUUUCUAUCGUUGCAAUGGCGUAUCGUCAACUGAGACAGACAUACUCUUGCGUCAUUUCAGAUGUCUCCUCAUUCUCGCGUAGCCUCAUCGGUGCGCCAAAAUUGACUCGAAACCGGUUCGUUGUCAUCGGAGAGACACUUGACGAUGUCCGUCAUAUGACGGACAAGAGUUGGGCACGGAGCCAUCGGGGUCGUUGGACGGUGAGCCGAGGUUCUCUUGGCACAAUUCAACAGACAAAAGUCCAAGGCAACUUUCCUGCGAUAUCCGGUGAGGCCAAUCUAUGA